AUACAAAAAUACAAAAAUACAAAAAUACAAAAAUACAAAAAUACAAAAAUACAAAAAUACAGAAAUACAAAAAUACAAUAAUACAAUUUAGGUCUUCAAAGCAUUAAGGUGUUUUUUUAAAUGGGUCUCCUAAAACCAGUUUUUAUUAGAAAACAUAUUUUCACCAGUUUUUUUCAUGUUCUAAAAAAUUGUUUAUUAUUCAGAAGUACACAGCAUUUCAAAAACUUACUGUCCCUCCAUCGUCAUGUUACCUCGAAAAUAAUGGUGUUAUUAAUUAAGAGCGUGAAAUUGGGCUUUUGAACUACUGUGGUGCGGUUGUUAUAAAAAUCAAACAAAAUGAAAAUCAAUAGUACCACUCUAGAACGCCGUCAAUAUGGUUGUUAAAUGUGUGAAAUUUUUGGAAAAAAAAGGUCUCUAGUAAUAGUCUUUAUAGAUGUGACAGCAGUUGGGAUUAAAACUGAGUUAGUUCUAGUUUCAAAACAAAUACGACUAAUUUCGUAAUUUUUGUUUUAACUUAUAACACUAGGGUCUGAGGCCAGUGUGUUUUAGGGAGAUUUAGGAGGCUAUUUUCACGCUUCAAAUCUGAUUUUCUCAGAAACGGUGACGGAUAUUAAAAACCCAACUGACAAUCUCUUAGAAAAUUAGUUAAGAUUAUUCUGUGGAAAUUUCAGAAUGAUUCAUUGACGGGUCGGGAAAGUUUUUUUUUUGAAGGAAGAAUUGCAUAGCUGAAAACGGCAACUAUCAACUUGUUAAUUGAAUAUCUCGCCUUAAAAGGCAUGCAUCCAAAAUCUAUCCUGACAAUGUCUAGAUAAUUCAAUUUAGAUGCGAUUAGUGCAUAAAAACAUGGGUGUUGUCGCGAUUAAAAUGAAGUGAAUGUUAUUUUUGUGAAGGUAAGUCGAUUUCUAUGCACGCGCCAUUUUUUCUGCUCCAGUUUCCUGGUAACGUAACGAAAAAUGAGAGAGAAAUGAAAUCGGCUCAGUAAGGCUGCCAAACAAGCGGUAGCUUUAUUGGAUGGAGACACAUUUUAUGCUUAUGUAUGUCAAUCACAUUCGACCGAUUGAUGUAGUCAAACUUGUAACCGAAAAUAUCAAAACUUUCUUGGCCACCCGGCCCAUCGAGACUCAUGUUGCACAUAUGCGAGAGAAAUAAAGUGCGCAGAGCGCUCACGUGGUCGAUUCAAAACUUAUACGCGAACUACUGACCUCAGCCCUUAAUGUAUGAUUCGACGGAAUGAUCUUUAGUGGAAUGAUUCUCUUUGCGACGAAAUGACGUAACCUUGAUCCCAAAAUACAGAAUUCAACAAAUUUCUAGAAUUCUCAAAUAACACAAAAUACUACUAAAUAAUACGAGGAUGUACAAAAAAAAUUGUUUUCUUUACGUCCCGUCUUCUACCCGUCAGUGCCUAACAGUGGACGUUCGAAAUUUAUGCCAUUUAUCCGUUCAGUACAGCUUUAGUUUAAUAAUGAGAAAACCUAAUUGGAAAAAACUUUUCUCAAAUAAUAAUUAGCUACCGCAAUUCUUUUUCUCACAAAACCGUUUCCGAUUGAACCCACCGCGUGUUCGGGACUUCCAACGGGAGACUCUCACCGCCAACUGAGAGAGAGUGAGUUCCCUUACAGCUGGCCGUGCGCUUGCGCAGUGAGAAACGUUCGCACCGACAGCUGAUCGAUCGGAAGUGUUAAUGUUUUGUUUUCAUCGCAUGGCGCUCCAACAGGUUCCACCGUAACCGCCGUUGGUCCGCUUUCUUCACGGACACUCAACCAAGACACCAACCACACGGGGUCUCAUCUCAUCAUCCUCAUCGCUUCCAACGGUUGUUCGGCUAAUCCAGCCGCCCGGUCCCGACAAGGAGUUUGGGUGGUUGAUUCGUCGAUCGGGCGCCGUUCAGUUCUCGUUGAACCGUCAUCCGAAGCGGAAGAUUGCAAAUCGGAAUUCGCGGUACGCGGUCGGGAUAAAGGAAAAAAAAUCUUUUUUUUUGUUGUUGCUCCUUCCAUACCAUAAACUCAACUGGCAGGUGAAUUAGCAUUACAUAGAUCCGUAGCCGUAGGCCUUCCUGUGGGAGUGUAGGGAGUCUCCCCGGACACAGGGGAGUCGUCUGUCGCUGGAAGUGACUGGGAAGGGUCAUCAUAAGAGUCGUCGGUUGUGACGGUCGUCGUCGUGUUGUGUGCUUGGGUGGUGGACGGACUGCCGUGGCAGGAUUGAGUUCGUCUCGCAGACGAGCUGAGUAUAAUUUUUUUGUUGCUCUUGUCGUUCUUCUGCUAAAACCCAGUGAGCACUCAAGCGGAGGAGGAAAUAGCUAGAAACAAUGAAGUUCCACCUGAGUUGGGUGAACAAUACCAUAAGGUGACGGGAUCAUCUUAUUGCUUCUUCUUCUCGGUCUCCGCAUUGUCCGCUUUGUCGCUGGUCGCUUCUACCACGGGAAUGUGUUUUUGUUUUGUGCUAGUGCUGUCGGGUAGAAAAGAAGGAUAAUUUACAUGGGCUUGUCGUCAGCUGUGCAAAGUUUUCGAGACGCACAAAUGUGUCCAUAGGCAAGUUUUCGGUGGGUGGGGGCAGUUGUUUGAAUGUGAUCGAUAUACCGAUUGAACUGUUUAGUUGCCGUUGAAGCCGUGUCGUGUUAUUGCAUACAAAAACCGUCGGCGGUUGUUGUCGCGUGCGCCCGGUGCUGCCAAGUCACAAUGAACCCACCACCGACUGCCGCCGGCCGGUGGAAUUUAGGCCGCAGUGUUAGUGCGGGGGCUGUUGACUGUCGGCCCCUAGCGGCGGCACUGAUAGUAAUAGUGCAAGACGUAAAACUUGAUCACAACCCGACUGGCAGCAGGAGGCAUUCCGCGCUAUAAUUAGAAGCGGCCGAAACAAGAUCCGAUAAAAACAGCAAAGCAAGAAGCAGAAGCAGAAAGGAAGAAACACGUAAAAGCAUUUAUCCGUGUGUGUGUUUUUGUCUCUGACCCACUGUCUCUAUCGCUCGUUGGGUUUCUUGCCCGACAUUGUUUAGUAUUUUGGAGGGCAGCACUGAAGUGAGGGGGGGCGGAGACGCUGACAGAAAAUGCCAGUGCGCCGCGGCGGUCAAAGAAGAUGUUAUUAUGAUGAUAAUGAUGUCGAUGACGUGCGUGGUGUGUAAUUUUGGCGGGGCUUGCUGCACGGGAAAAUUGAUAAUACGGUGAAGAAAAUUCCUACGGUGGGUCGUUAGGGGUGGAAAUUUGGUCCGAUGCACGCCCGUCCGGACGACAACCGACGGAGGCUGUUCGCGCGGAAUGUGUAUGUGAUUUUGGUGUUUGUGUGGGUAAAUCGGUUGGAUAGAAAAAACCACUUGUUGUGCGAUACACGACGAUUGUUGAAAGAAGGUGGAGCGACGGGGGACAAUUUUCAUAUUCGGUAAACUGCAUACGGAUCACCAUCGAAGGACGAAAUGCUGUAGGGAACACUCGGAGAGUUCACCUUAUUCUUGCAAAAUUUCCCGAUUGCCACAGCUGUGCGCGUACUAUCGUUCUAAGUGAGUGAAAAUGGAAAACAAUUCUUAGAAGAGCCAGAAAGAAGAAGGGGAAGAGGGGUUUGCAAAAGAAUGGCCCCGAGUGUGACGGUAGCCCCUGGUGGCACGGAAAAUACGCAGCACGAAGUAGUAGUAGAAGAAAAAGUCGUACAGAAAAACUACCGGUACCAUCCCAGUUGGAAGGGUAGAAGGUGCUGAAAAAUAGUGGAUGAAAAUUAAUUACACACGCAUACUCGCACCCACACACACACAGUACUUUGUGAUUGCAGCAGGUUCGGGAAAUCGUUUUCAUCGGGCUUCGAACGCAAGGUGUCGAUUUGUUUUUGGUCGCGAGUGAUUUUCGAAACGUAAAUAUUGAUAGUUUACGGAACGGGACGGGAAGAAAACUACACAACAGGUGUGGCCAGUUCCCCGGCUCCACUGUUCGGUGUAGCGUGCGUGAUUUGUGGAGAAGUGUGUUGAAAUUGCUCAAUUCGAAAUUCGGAAAAUUCAUAUAUUUACAAGUCACGUGACGGUGGUGCGUUGUUUAAGCGUGCGAUUGGUGUUCUAAUUUUUUUUUUUCGGUGUGUAUGCGUGAGCUACCAGCACGACUAGGCAGCUCGUCGAUUGCGCGUUGAAUUAUUCAUCCUCAAUAAUUCCAAUCAAUUUCUGGCUGAACGAACAUCGGCGACAGGAUUCGAUCCAUCUGGCGGCCGAUCCGGACCUGUGGUGUGAAAACGUGUCCGACGGAGGGAACCCCUCGAAAAAUGAUUCAAAACCAUUUGCUAAAGUUAUGGUGAUGCAGACGACAAGCAAAUUGCAAGGACAGCCUCCACCGCCGCAAAAAACUAGCCAAAUUAGAAUCAACCACAACCGAAAGCGAAGAAGGAGAAGAAGUAAAUCCGAUUGCCGGACGACCGAACGUGGACGUAUCCAGUGGACGUGGACAUCCACGGUUGGUGGCCACGUCUUUGCUCGUGUGGGACAAUGGCCCGAUUGCCAGGGUCAGCAACAGCAGCAGCGCGACCACUGUAGCCCAGUUGGAUCAUCGUCGUCGUCGUCGUCGUCGUCGCUGUACCAUCCGUUGUCGCGGUACGGUCGGCUACGGGGGAGUAACGAUCCACAUUGUUCCCGUUCGGCACUAUGCACCGUCUGCGGAACACAUUCACUAGGUCACGGACCCCGACUGGUGCGGAGAUGAAAACGCAGAGUAGUCUCGAAGUGCCCAAACAAGUUCGCUCAGCAUCAUUCGACGAAAUUCAGCUAGAAGCCCAACGUGCAAAUCAGUUCCUUAAAGUACACCAAAGCUCAACGGACGAGUCCUCGUCGGGUCAAUUACUGCAAGUGCCGCAGAGCACCGGGCAGCGUUCCCGUAGCUUUGACCUAACCGGUGCCGUCGAAGAUUCCCAGGCAGCCGUAGCGGCUGCCUUCCUGGAUGUGCCAAAGCGCUUUCAACGGCGCAAAUCAAGCUCAAAAACUCCACCCCCGUGCAUCCACUGUCUGUACCUGGAGGAAUACCGGCGGAUAACGGGAGUCGAUCAGCGCCAGUACUACGACAGUGGAGAAUACCAAACGUUUAGCUACAGUUCGUCCUCGUCCAGUAGCGACGAAGAAGAAGAAGAAGAAGACGACGAACCGGACGAAGAGGAGGAAGAGUACGAAUUCGACGGUUGCGACAUAACAUGCAGCAACAGUUUGCUACUGCCGCCGAUUGUGUCACCGUGCGGGAUUACCUUUACCCUCUCGCCGACCAACGGAGAUGACCCCGAAGAAGAGCUCGGAGCCCUGGCGGCCCUGGAGGUGGACUCGAUGGGUCCGGUCCUGCCGCCACCUCCGAUGUUCGACACCAACUAUCCGACACUUCCGUUGCUUCCCGUUGGUUCACCGCCACCGCCGUUAACAACACCACUGAGCCCCGUGUACCCUCCGUCCCCGACGAUCCAAGUGCCUCCCUGUUCACCGGUGGUGGUGGACGACUUCGGACUCGAUGGCAUACCAACGCGUACCCGCCGUCGAUCGAUCUCCCGCCAGGAAGCGAUUAUCGUCGAACCCACCGGUAAUUCGCUCGAAAAUGUUUCCUCUGCCGAACCCCCGAAAGACAUUCACAUCAUCGUACCGCCCGAUGAUGACGACACCUGGUCCAAACCGUCACUCUCUUCCGACGAACCAAUCGAUGACAACGAAGAUAAACAAAGCAAAGCACCGGACAGAACAUCACUGAUAGUGGUCCCGACGACACCGGCCACGUCCGAUUUCGUGCAGGACAUCUUCCUGCAGGUGCCGGACCUAAAGCGGGACCGGGCCGCAUCGGUGGACAGUUGUUUCACCAAGGUGACCGGUUCGAAAACCGAAGAACUGAAACCACCGGAAGGUGAACUAACGCUACUGGCCGUACCCGUGACCGGUGCCAUUCGAUCCCGCUCGGUGGACAUUGUGCUCCCGACCGAAGAACAGGCACGGUACAAAGCCCUCGCUCUGACCGGGGCAGCCGCUGCCGCCACCGGUGGUGGCGUAAGUCUCGGUGUACGAGGAUUUUUUUCACUCUUCUCACCAAAACCCAGUGCAGAUACUCACGGUCGACAGAUCCGAUGCACGCCAGAUUGGAGCGAAAAUGCCGUAUCCGGAGACCAUCUUUGGGUUACCACGUCGGUAUCCGGGGAUUGCUGCUAUCUAGGCGAUAGCGAAUGCACGAAACACGGUCCCCGGAUGAAAUGUGCCGCGUGCAAGAUCAUCGCUCACGCCAGCUGCAUCCCGGCGCUGAUGGAGCGGACCCAGCUGCAGUGCAAGCCGACCUUCCGGGAUGUGGGCGUCCGGCAGUACCGGGAGCAGACCAAGACGACCCACCACUGGAUCCACCGGCGAACCGAGAAGGGAAAGUGCAAGCAGUGUGGGAAGUCGCUGCAAGCGAAGCUCUCGUUUAGUUCUAAGGAAAUUGUUGCUUUAUCAUGUGCCUGGUGUAAAUCAUCAUAUCAUAACAAGGAAGCAUGCUUCAACCCGGAUCGGAUCGGUGAGGAGUGUUCGCUGGGAGCACAUCGCAGCAUCGUAGUCCCGCCGUCCUGGAUCGUGAAGCUACCGCGGAAGGGUAGCUUCAAGUCAUCGCUGCGGAAAACGCCCCAGAAGAAAAAGAAGACUGGCAAGAAGGCGUCCGUGUCGAAGGAACCGCGAACCUUUGUGAUUAAACCCAUUCCGACGGCGAACAUCACCCCGGUGCUGGUGUUUAUCAAUCCGAAAUCCGGUGGCAAUCAGGGUGCUAAACUGCUCCAGAAGUUCCAAUGGUUGCUGAAUCCGCGACAGGUGUUCGAUCUGACGCAAGGUGGACCGAAGAUGGGUUUGGAAUUGUUUCGCAAAGUACCCCAGCUACGGGUGCUGGCCUGUGGCGGAGACGGAACGGUCGGCUGGGUUCUUUCGAUUCUGGAUCAGAUCAAUUUUGUGCCUCCGCCGGCGGUCGGUGUGCUACCACUCGGAACCGGUAACGAUCUGGCCCGGGCACUUGGAUGGGGUGGUGGCUACACGGACGAACCGAUCGGCAAAAUCCUAGGCAACAUUGGUAAUUCCGACACCGUUCUGUUGGACCGGUGGAGCUUAAAGGUGGACCCGAAUCCGGACGUGCCGAACGCCGAUGACGGCAAGGACAACCUACCGCUGAACGUGGUUAACAAUUACUACUCGCUCGGUGUCGAUGCUCACAUAGCACUGGAAUUCCACGAGGCUAGAGAGGCACACCCGGAAAAGUUCAACUCUCGGCUACGGAACAAAAUGUUCUACGGUCAGGCCGGUGGAAAGGAUUUGCUGAAGCGUAAGUGGAAGGGAUUGGCCGAGUUCGUGACGCUCGAGUGCGACGGAAAAGACCUGACGCCGAAGCUGAAGGAACACAAGGUGCAUGCGAUAGUAUUUCUCAACAUUCCAAGCUACGGAGGUGGAACCCACCCGUGGAAUAAAUCCGGUGGCCAGUUCGACCCGGCCACCGACGAUGGGUUGAUCGAGGUGGUCGGACUUACCACGUACCAACUUCCGCUGCUGCAGGCCGGUGGCCACGGGACGUGUAUUGCCCAAUGCAAGACGGCAAAGGUCGUCACCUCCAAGACUAUUCCGAUGCAGGUGGACGGCGAAGCAUGCAAGUUGAAGCCAUCCAUCAUCGAACUGACCUUACUGAAUAAGGCUGUGAUGUUGGCGAAACGGAAGCCCGGCAGAGCUAACGUGCCACAAGAAAAACUCGAAUCUCUGAACAUAACCCUGCUGAAGAUUAUGAUGGCUGAUUACGAGCAGCACCACUACGACAAGGAUCUGCUGAAGCAAUCGGCGGUCAAUCUGGGCACGCUGGAUGUGCCCGUUACCGAUCUCGAGCAGGCCCGGGUCCUGAUCAACAAGUACUGCGAGGAUCAACCGGACAGUCCCAAACUGUCACCGGAUUGGUGCUUUAUCGAUUCUUGUACCGCGGAACGAUUCUUCCGAAUUGAUCGUGCCCAGGAGAACCUCCACUUCAUAACCGACAUCGCCACGGACUGUAUUUUCUUGCUGGACCAGGAAUGUCCCACGCUACCGCAAACCCCGGAAGAUGAUAGCGGUGGCCACCAUCCUGGUGGGUCUGCCAUUCCGCAUCAUCUGAGCAGUUUGGAAUCGAGCGAUCGGGAUUCCCGGGACGGGACGCCUCAAUCGCCAGGAAUGAAAUUUUUCAAUCGGUCCCUUUCCGGAGCGGGCUCGGGUACGCUUUCGCCUGCCCUCGACAUUCCAUCGAGAAAAAGUUCUCAAGGUUCGCAGAGUUCCCAUGGAUCUCACGAAAGUGCGAAAAACGUUAGCACCAGCGGUGCGGGUUCCGACAGACAUCCGCAGCUACGCAAUGGCCAGAGCUUCGAUCAACUAGUCAACUUCCGAAGCUUCCACGAGCGGUUGUUCGGCUUGAAUGAUGAUGCGUUCGGAUUCAGCAAUCUGCUGGAGAAGACAACGGAUGCCAUAAUUAAGGCGGCCAAAACGGGUGAUUUAGUGAUGCUGAAAGACCUGCACCAGCAGGGAUAUUCGCUGCUGUCGAUCGAUUCGAGCGGUCAAACUGCGCUGCAUCAUGCGGCCCGGUGCGGCCACAAGGACAUCGUGCGAUAUCUGAUCUCGUAUGCACCGAACUCCAUCGUCAACAUGAUUGACAACGAAUCUGGCCAAACGGCUCUUCACAAAGCGGCCAGCAGUAAACGACGCAGCAUCUGCUACAUGCUGGUGGCGGCCGGUGCCAGUCUAAUCAUCCAGGACAACAACGGACGAUCGGCCCGAUUGCUGGCCCUGGCAGCCGAAGACCGGGAACUGGCGGCCUACCUUGAGAAUCAAGAACAGUUCCAGUUGGUCGAUUUUCAUCCGUCGGCGUGAUCUGGGGGUGCGUCGGAAGUUCAGCACCAAGGGAAUCAAAGUGUGUAGAAAUAAAAUACAUCGACAUUCUGCUGCCUCAUUAAUCGCCACCACCACCCCACAUCAAAACACACACACACUUUAGGCAACGACUGUUUCGGGACGAAUGGCAACACCACCGUCGUCGGGUUUAUUGUUAUUUAUUACUAUUCUAUCGCUACUAUUACUAUUACUAUUAUACGCUUAGUGUUAAUGAAGGUUUAAGUUUGCCACAUUUCAAAUUGUUAUCCCCAACCUCCACCUUGUUACAGCGACGCGAAAUUAAUCGUAACUGUAUCGCUGCUGCGUGUAAGAUAUCCUUCCUCCGAUUUCUGCUGGAAUAAUGGGAAACAAAUUCUAAUUUAUUACUGUUGGAUGGGGCCUUGCUGCAGCACCGCGCAUCGCACCGGAAGGUUAAAUUAAGGCAAUCCCUCUAGUCAAAAGAUUUUAACAAAUGGUUUAACAUUAAUUACACCCACCGCCGUUUUGCACCACCACCUCAUCGCUGCUGCUGGGACAAAUUUUUGCACUUGCUGGUGGCAGAAAUGGGGAGUUCGGAUAAAAGUCAUAUAAAUCAGAACAUACUAAUCUAAUCCAUUGUCCUGGGCUACUAGCCAUCCGUCGGAAUGUGCUUCAACUACUUUCACUUGGAAUUGAGUCGACGAAUCUGUAGGGAAAAACGAAUCUCAAACCGAAGACGACCAGAUGAAGUCCGUUAGACAGAAAACAAAGAGAAGAAAAAAAAUGCUAAAAAUCAAUCAUCGAUAUGAGAAAAAUGAACAAAGAAAAAUAAAAGUGUGGCACGGAACGAGGGAGGGAACUCAGUUUGUUCGGAUUGUACCGUGGAUUCGGUUUCGGCGUUGAUUGCUAUAGGUAUUAUCGAUCACUAAUUUGAGUAGGACUGGAAUGUCGGCUGGGUGGAACUGAUGCCGAAUUACGCCUGGACUACUCUCUACUACACUCACACAGACAUAUCAAACCCUGCUCGUUUUUUUGCCCGACCCCAAAACAGAAUGUUCCUCUCGUCGCAUGGUCAUUUGUUUUUUUUUAAUCGCAUUUUCCAAGCGCUCUAGAUAGUCCUCACCCCUAAAACCGGAAGGGGGGAAAAGACGUAACAUAAGCAAAACAAGAGUAGUUAGUAUUUUUGCAAAAGUUUAUCAAACUAAAAACAAACAAAAAUCUAUGAUGAAAUAAUGUAAAUAAGUAUCUCUUCUUCCAAAACCAAAAAAAAAGAACAAGAAAAGAAUCAUGAACACGGUUGGAAAUCUAAUGUUACACCCUGUAUAAUCGAACAACAUCAACAGCAACAUUAACAACAACAAAAACAACAAAAGACUUGACCAUCAGCGGAGCACUAGUAAAUUUGUAGUCUUAGCCAAAUGUCAUUAUUUCGUAAUCUCAAAAUGGAGGCUCAUCUCGAACAUAUGAAAUGGAAAAACCCCGCACGGUAUGCUCUAGAGGAAACAAACAAAAAAAAACGAAAAUAAAAACGCACGGUACUUUCUAGAUCCUGCACUGACACUGAAACACGUGGCAUUUGCAGGAUACAAAAGCGCCGUGCGUUCGCGUGAGUGAUUUGAGUGACUGGGAGUGUGAAUGAAACAAAGCAGGCAGGAGCAACAGGUCGCACCUGUCAGCAGUGUUGUUUCUUGUUGAAAGUUUUUUCUCUCUCUUUUCUGUUUAUCAGUUUGUUCAACUGCUUGUCAAAUGCUGUUUUUUCACGUGUGUAAAUCGAACGAAACUAUGGUGCCCUUACAGUGACAGUGGGGAAGCAGCAAUUUGCUCUCUUGUUGAAACCCCUCGAUUCCGAACGCGUUCGCGUACGCUUUCCCUUCCCCUAGUGAUUCAGUGCUAGUUCCAACCAAGAAAGUAAGAAAAAAAAACCGUUUUAUUUAGAUGUGCGGUGAAAAAACCCGUGAAAACUGAUGUCAAUUAUUAAAUUAAAUUGUAAGGUAAGCGUGUAAAGAUCUUUGAAAAAAAACCUAAUCUCUACGGUAGACUAGCGGUAAAUAAGCCGAAGAAGGAGUAAACAAAAUAAAAAAAAACUAAUAAAAUACAAUGAGAAGCAUUACCGAAAUACUUGAAAUGUGAUUUUUCUGUGAAACAAAUAAGUUAGAAAGGAUGUAUAAACUGUGUAGAAAUUUCUCAACUUUAGAUAGACAGUGUACGAAGAAAAAAAAAAAAGACGUUGUUUGUACUUCUGUCGCGGGGACCGCUUUUCCUUCUGAAACCUUAGCUUCGAUCGUGUCCCGGGGACAGGUGCGGUGCGGUUUGUACAGUUGUAAAAAGUCCACCAAAUUCGAGCUCUCCGUUCUUUCCGGCCUCCCCCAUGUGCCGGAGGAACGGAUUCUGCCGCCGACCGUCCCCGGCGUAGAGAACUCAAUCAGAGAGAAGGUUUGAAUGAAAACGGAUGCUGGGAAGCCCCUGCGGAUAGGUUUUUUGUUAAACCGAAGCAAAAUGGUUCACUGGAAAGUCUUCGUGCCCCUAGACUUUGCAUUGGAAAGUCCAUUUUUUUUCUAGUAGAACGGUUUUGGAUUUUUGUUCCUUUUCGUUCCGUCGUUCGCUCAGAAACAACGGUAAUCCCGGAACAAGGGUCCAAAGAAUGGGAAGGUUAACUUUGAGACACCUCGCAAACAUUAGAAAAUAUAAUCACUACCUAUUUUUGAAAAUAAAUCCAACAAUUUAUCCGCCGAAGCAGAGACCACUAUACUCGUCUUCAGGCUUCUACUUCGGCGUCAAAGUUUUUUAGACUGUAAGCGGAAAAGUGUGAUACAAGCGAGUGUUAUAUUGUAAAUAGUAUUCGGGUUAUUUUCUACUAACUAGAAGCUAAAGACAAUCGUAAACCGACCGAAUCCCGAUCGGAAUCUGCAUACAGUUCAUCCCCAUUUUCCUCUUCCCUAUGUUUUAUUCGCCGGUAGAACCGGACCCCCUUUGACAAGGCUCGUAAACGAGGAAUUCCGCUGCUGAACCGAAGGCUUCGGUCGGUCCGAACAACUGAGAACUUCCGAGAACCGCCACAACAAUUCCUAGCACGACUUCGAAUAAUAAUAAUAAUAAUAAUAAUAAUACAAAAUUGUGAUCUACUAGAUGUGAAUUUUUCUCAAUAUAAAAUCAAUCAAUGGAACACGGAUGUUAAAACAGAAAACAAAAAUCUAAUCGAUCGCCACCUGUAUAUAAAAAACACUGUAGUGAGAUCAUCAGCAAAUUUUUUGCACGAUUUAUAAAAGAAGAAGAAAAAACCAUCUCCACAGAUAAAAAAACCACAGUUAAGAGUAAUAACAAGUACUUUGUCGAGUUUAUUAAUUACUUUGUUUUUUUCUACGCAACCGGCACACUAAUUCUAACGCCUUCCGAAUGUCACCACUGCACGGAAAAGUAUUAUUCUUACACAAAAUAAAAAAAUAACUAAUCACAAACUACUACUACUACAAUUGAUGAGAAAGUUUGAGCAAUUUCUGCAAAGAGCUAAAGGUAAAGGGUCCAAAAACUGUAGUUAAAACGAGCAGACGCGAAAUAAUCAUUGAAAAUGGAAAAAUAAACUUUCCUUCCAGUCGUUCAAAGUGAAGUAAGAAGUGAGCAGUGAAAUUUUAACUGCAAAGAAGAAACCAGAAACAAUAUCAAAGUUUGACAGACCACCAUCACAUUGGAAGUAAAAAAAUAAAAUAAUCAGAUCGAUCGAACCAACCAACACGUUUUGUGUAGACGAUGAAACAAACAAAACACGAAGCUAACAAACAAAGAAACCCCUAUAUUUUAUAACCGAACCGUUUGUUCAUACUGUUACUACGUUUCCUUCGAACCUACGUGUAAAAGUACAUUGUUUUGAUACAACUCCCUUACAAAAAAAAACAAAGAAAAAAACAGGUACAUGGUACAGCUCUAUUUUCUACCAAUUGAAACAGAACCAAUAAUAGCAAACCAACAAACAAAUCAACAAAGAUAUGACACUAUUUUUAGAACAAUUAACCGAUUAACUUUCGAUCCACCUUGAAUCAGUCAGAUAAAUGAAACUAAAAUAACCGGAUUCGACCGGAUCUAAUCAAUUCGAGAGCACCGUAAAUACUAUUCGAUGAUAUAUUGAAAGCAUCACAGCAACAACAAUCAACUUCAACACAAUGUAAACAGCAACAACAACAAUACCCGCAGCCACACACACCUAAAAACACAUCGUAAUUAGUAGGAAAGUUGACAUGUUUACUUACACUGAUCUAGGGUUCAAACUGACAGCUGGUGUUUUGGUCGGAAAGGUUUUGAAAGUUCGUUUCUGUUGCUAAUGGUUUCAGUCUCAAACUACAAACUUAAAACCAGCUCAACUAUUUUUUUCGUAUUUACCAUUGCACAGUGGUCCGAAACGGGAAAUUAGCGUGACAAAAAUAUUUUCACUAUUAAAUAUUAGUUUUUUUUUUGUAGUUGGUGUCUUCACAAAAGUUAGUUGUAAUCAAAUGGCGCUCCUUUUGAUGAAAAAUGUUACUAGGGUGGUCCUCAUUUAGAUUGAAAUCUGAAAUCUAACUUUCUUAAUUGAACUCAAAAAUCAUUUUGUUGUACGAUAAAGUUGUAGGAAAUUUUAUUUUGAGCGACUUUGCUGAAAAAAGCACCUCUCUAUCUUUUCAUUUGAUCGAGUUACAUCAAUUUUCCCGAAUAAACCCUACUCCGAGGCUCUUGAAAAUUAACUUUUUUUGUUCUAACUUUUUUGUGAAACAUUCCACGGAAAAGUUGUCUUCAGAAGAGUUGUUGUACUAAUCAUUGCGCAUAAUUUUGCUCAACUAUAUAUAUAUAUAACUCUUUCAUAUGAGCUACCAGUAAAAAGUUAUGAUUAUUUAUUCAUCAAAAACUAGUCAAGCUUCAAAUAUUAAUAUUCAUUAGAUGCCAGAUCGAUAAAAAUGUAUCCUAUGCGGUACCUGAAAGGUCAUAACAUAAGUAAAAAUUUAGGAGAAAUUGGAAGGGUGCUAUUUUUUUAACUUAUUUAAAUUAGUUUUAAAAAUACCUUCAAGAAACUCAAAAACAUUGCAUAGCUCUUAAACGCCUUAACGUAUCAACAUACUUCCUUUUGCAAAAUGAUAGUAUCAAAUUAGUUCUACAAGUGUUCCAUAUAUUGUCCAUUCGAGAAAUGAGACACACAAAAAUUACAGCCGAAAAUAGAACAAUUUUAAUUAUUUAUUACCAGAAUAACCACUUCAAUUGAGUUUGAGCUACUGAAGAUUAGAGAUACUGUGUAAUAUGGUUAUUUCGAACUAGUUGGCCAUGAUAAAUCUAUGAACAGAAAUGUUCAUGGUUGUCGACCAUUCUAAGAAGUUGGUGCAAGUUAGUAAAAUGUAAAUAUUUUUAUCCAUAUCGUGCCGAGACGCCUAUGACACUGGCCCUUCUUUCUCAUCCACUUGUGUACCGAAUAGCCUGUAAAAACCGGAAAACGACGCACAAUGAGUUUUGGUUCGAAUAAAUACAUUCUACUCAUUUUAACAAACUAAUGAUUUUUUGGGUUUCAGGAAGUGCAUUGACUUACAACAAAUCUUUUUUCGGCUGUAGUUUUUGUGUGUCUCAUUUCUCGAAUGGAUAAUGUUUGGAACACUUGUAGAACUAAUUUGAUACUAUCAUUUUGCCGAAGAAAGUAUGUUAAUACGUUAAGGCGUUUAAGAGUUAUGCAAUUUUUUUUGAGUUUUUUGAAGGUAUUUUUAAAACUAAUUUAAAUAUGUUUAAAAAAUAACACCUUUCCAAUUUGCUCUUAAAUUUUUACUUAUAUUAUGACCUUUCAGGAACCGCGUAGGAUACAUUUUUAUCGAUCUGGCAUCUAAUGAAUAUUGAUAUUUGAAGCUUGACUAGUUUUUGAUGAAAAAACAAUCAUAACUUUUUACUGGUAGCUCAUAUGAAAAAGCUUGGUUGAACAAAAUUGUGUGCAAUGAUUAGUACAACAACUCUUCUGAAAACAACUUUUCCGUGAAAGUGAAUUUUCAGGAGCCACCCUACAUUUAUUCGGGAAAAUUGAUGUAACUCGAUCAAAUGAAAAGCUAGAGAGGUGCUUUUUUCAGCAAAGUUACUCAAAAUAAAAUUUCCGACAACUUUAUUGUACAACAAAGUCAUUUUUGAGUUCAAUUAAGAAAGUUAGAUUUCAGAUUUCAAUCUAAAUGAGGACCACCCUAGUAACAUUUUUCAUCAAAAGGAGCGCCAUUUGAUUACAAACAACUGAAGGCACCAACUACAAAAAACUAAUAUUUUAUAGUGACAAUAUUUUUGUCACGCUAAUUUUCCGUUUCGGACCAUAGUGCAUUGAAAAUUUAAUUCCACAUUUUCGAAAACGUAACUAUUUUCGGAACCAGAAUCCGUAGACUGUAACAGUUGCAGUAAGUUUUUACGGCCAUCAAAUAGCCCAUGGCCCACAAGUUGAAAUAGUUUGAACAUUUCAAACUAUCAUAUAAAGGUUAGUCAUUUUUGGCUUUCACCACCCUGUAUUUUCGGAACUGGAAGUCGGAUCCGGAUAAAACGGAUCAACCUCCUUCCAGAGAAUAAUAAGAUAUUUUAAUGUGGAACACAUUUUUGUUUUCUAUAUAGCGGUGCAAACUAGAAACUCAAGAAAAAUACACGUAGAAAUGUGGUCAGGUUUUGAAUAAUUACAGCUCAGUCAAUUUUGUAACAAUUAUUAAUAUCAUGUCACCAUUUGAUUGGAAAUAUUUCUACGCAUUGAUUUGAAUGUUCAUAGCCAUGUAUUUUUAAUUGUAUAUCAUUGAAAUGUUGAUUAAUAGCUAGCAGUGUCCUAUUUUGUCUGCAAAAAAUCUCCGGCAUACUGGAUUUCCCUGCCAUAGUCGACGGUUUUGAAGGAGUAAUCGAUAUAUCAAAGGGAAAGCAGCGCUCUGAUUGGUCAAUCGAAGCAAAAGCAAAACUGUUGGAAGUACGCGAAUCUACAAAUAGAAGCGAAAUUAUAGCUAACGUUUCAGUCUUAUGCGUAGCUUGCUAGAGGUAGGUUGUUGCUACACAGCAAGACAAAAAGUGCCAUAAACGAUUUGAAGCUUUUAUUGGUAUGCUCUGAUCUUGUGUCAUGCAAGAUUGGAUGAAAUCCCAUGUUAUGUCAUUUCGCCUGAGAAAUUGACAACUACCCCAGGGUAAAUUUUGAGUACAUAAGACUAAUUUCUAAUUUAUAUAAGAUGAACUCGAUUGAUAAUGAAAAAUAUUUUAUCGCUUCAACCAAAAUCGCAAAAUGGUAGUAAUGGUAGAGAAACGCUAUAAAAAUAACUGCUUGUAUACAAAAUUUGAACACAAGCUUGGUGGAGAGAAGCUUAAAUAUCGAUAUCCGUAUCGCAAGCAUGUACAAACAUUUAAUUGUAUACAUUUGGGCUAUUGAUGUAAUUUCGUCGGCUACGAAACAAAUACAAAUCACGAUAAAUAGAGUCUGGGUUCGCGUGUUGGUGUUGAUUCCUAAUAAGGAUCAAUCUAAGCAGACUCUUGUGCAUUGGCGGAUUAAAAGUGUGACGAUUAAUUGAAAAUGUCAAUCAUUGGAAAUUUUGGUUGCCUUGUUCCACAUCAACGGCUCGAACAACCCCAUGGGGCUGAUCCUUGUAGUUUUUUUGAAUUGAAGUUCGACCGGUUCAGUCACGGUUAGUUUGUUUGAUUAUAAGCUCAUAACUUAUUAGCUUAUAACCAAACAAACUCAUUAGUAAUGAGACCUGUAUACUAGAAGAAUUCACUGGCUAGUUUUAAAGAAUUUGUUCCAUUUUUAAUACCCACUAACAAAUUCAAAGAAAAAUGUUAUUCUGAAUAUUUAGUAAUAAGGCUUUCCAAUGGGUUGACUUACCUCUCAUGCUCUGUAUCAAUUAAACCAAUCAAACGAAAUCAAGCGAAUCAAGCGUAAUACUGCGCUCCUGUUACUUUGUUGUGUGAAAUUCAAGCUAACCAGGGUAUUAGUUUUCCAUCAGCUGUAUAAACCAUGCUUUGUGAUUGGAUUUUAAUUCAAUUUCUGUUACAGCAUGUACUUAAAUGCAAUUUCCAUUGAUAUCACUACACCACCGACACGAUAAUACUGCACAAUUUCAUAUACUUCGUGAAGCAUGCAAUUCACAAGAAGUGACUAAGAUUUGUUUCAACCGCAGCACCGUAUUCAACAGAAAUCAUGCACCAGUAACAGACAUUCAUACCUGCACCGUGAUUUUGGUUCCUUCAACACGGUUGUGUGUUGCGCCGAUGGACUCGUUUGUUUUCAAAACCCGAACUUCGUUAUCGGUUUGUUGUUUUCUUCACCACGUGUACGAACAAAGGUUCGUAGAGGCAGUGUCGAUUAAACCACAUUUUCUUCUUCCGUACCAGCGCAUGUAGCUACGCGCAUUAUAUGAUGGUUCGAAAGUUUUGACUCUUAUCAUCAUGCAGCUCCAAUCCGGAUUCAAUUCAGAAAUUCUUUAAAAAUAGGUUGAGCCAUCAUUGAGAAAAGUGAGAUCCAUUUUAUAGUUAGUGACCACUGUCUUCGGUGCUUCUGGUUCGUUUGGCUGUCAACUGACAAGACCUAUCGCUUGAAAUUGAUUUGAGUUCAGUUUUGAUAAAAACAAUUUCGUGUUUUGAAUCGCCACUCUGUUUACCUGCUUGAAAUUUUCUUCACUCUGUAAUUCUGGAACCGGAAGUCGGAUCCGGAUGAAAUUUUCUGGAGUUCCUAAGUUUGUGAGAAUCGGUUCAGCCAUCGCUGAGAAAAGUGAGGUAGUAAUUCAAAAUUAAACUUUGUACACUUAUCACCCUGUAACUCCGGAACCGGAAGUUGGAUCAAAAUAAAUUUCAGGAAUUUUCUAUCGUUCAUUUGAAUUUAAGUUUGAGAAAAUCGGUUCAACGAUCUCCGAGAAAAGUUAGUGUACAAAAGUGUUACAUACACACAAACACACACACAGUCAUUUUGCGUACUCAACAAACUGAGUCGAAUGGUAUAUGAAAAGUCGGGUUUCUUAGUAAUUGUACAACCUUUCUAUGUUAGAAAGACCAGAAUAUAAAGUUAUUGAAUUUCUCAGUACAAAUUCUGAACAAAUAAGUUAUAAUAUCAUUUUGGCCUCACAUACUGUUGUGUACCUUUUGUUUCUUGGAAGUGUGAGUGCAUAAUGAAAAGUACAAAUCAAUUGAAAAAAAUUUCCUAACUAGCAUAGAAAGCAAUUUAAGUAAAUAGUCACAUAUUUUGGCUGGGACUAUGAGGGAUGGCAGCAAAAAGUUCUAUGUGAUAAAGGGAAGAGAUCUAUUUGAACCUUUCUCAUAUCAUAUAGUUCCAUAGUCUGGAUUCGACCUCCGAUUCCGAAAUUACAAAAUGAUGAAUGUUAAAAUCUUCAAUUUUACGAUGGAAAAAAGAGCAAACACUUUGAGGCUUUCCUAGUUUGCUAAUUCUGAAGAGAUUUUUGUCGAACACAUUCAAUUCAAAUAUAGCUAUUCCGGAAGCAACCAAACAUUUUGAAACAGAACUCUCAUCGAUUUUUCAGAGAUGGCUUUACCCAUUUUACCAAACUUACUAUUGUGGACAAAAAAUAGUAGGACUUACGUGGAAUUGGUUGAAUUUUUGGCGAUAAAAUCAUGAAGAAUCAAUGCAGUAUGCGACGGUGUAUUAUCGUGGUGCAAAACCCAAGAGUUGUCAGCCCAUAAUUCCGGUUUUUAUUGACUCUUCCGAUAUUCCAACGAUCCCAGUAAGGUCUCUGACUGUUAAUCGUCGAUCCUCGAGCACCAACUCCUUGAUUUUAUUGAAAUAAGGUAGCAGCUGGAAGGAGUGUAAAAAUGAACAUUUAAAUCUAGUAACCAUGGCUUAAAAUUCAAUUCUUCACUACUGAAUGAAGCAGAAUUUUCAUUUCGUAAUGCAUUUAAAUAUACCCGGAUUGAAUGAAACUGUGUUCCUUCCUUUUAAUCCUAACAUUUUCAUGAAUUUCACAAAAGUGAGUUUCAGUUACAUAUUCCAAUGAAUAUUCAGUCAAUGAAAAAGAAUGUUGUUAACUCUGCUUGCAUGCUAUCCUUCUUCAACAGACAAAAAGAGACAUUGUCAGUAAUCUCACUCAGUAGGCCAGCAAUCAUGUAGUACUUUACGCCAUCUUCUUUGUGCUGUUAUUUAUAUGGUUAUUUUAUAUUUCGCCGUAUUCCAUAAUCCGCAAUUCUCUUUCAUUUCACUAUUUGAGGGAUAUUAGUAGUAGCCGAAACUUUGUUAAAUUAUUAUCCCGUUGAAUUCCAAAUAAAAAUUUUAUCGAUUGUCUCAAAUUUUACUAUUAUUCAUGGUAUGGAUUGAAAUGGAUUGAACUAGAACCUGUUCCGACCCGCACCCGUAUCAGUAUCAGCAGGCAGACAUCCGAUACUAUUUUUUGAAUAUUUUGCAUACACUUUAGAAUAUCUCACGACACAGCAUGUAUUUACAGUACACACACUCACACAAACACACGCUCACACAUACCUAGCGAAAACAAAAAUCCGUAAUUCGAUACGAAUACGCGAAACGCUUCUUCCGACUUCCGAUCCGGCCAUCUGUUUGCACGGCACCGGAAAUUCAAAUAUCCGUUCAUCGGAGUUUAAGAGUCUAGAAAAACAAAAAAAAACUUGUAGUUUCUACAACCAUUAAUCGUAAACAUUCCAAUUUUAUCUAGAAUAAUCUGUUAGUUGUUAAUGAUUUUUUAACUUAUUCUCUAGCAAAACUGUUGUACAGAAGAAGAAGAAGAAGAAGAAGAAGAAGAAGAAGAAAAGAUAAAAAUUUUGGUUUCUUCGACACCGAAAUUUAGGGCAAUACAGUUUAUUUACAAAUGAUAAUGAUAGAUUACACCAUUACACUACCUACAAACUCAAAAACACACACUCAAACACACAGAUUACUUCAAAACUACUCGGUCACACCUAAAGCCUUUUGAUGAGAAAUUUUCCAGUACUAUUUAAACGUAAGUUAGAAAAAAAAAACUAUUUAUCUAGUGAAUCUAGUUUGAAAUCAACAAAAAAAACACACACACACACACACAGUAAGCAAAACUUGAAACCUUACGGCUUAAUAUAAUUCAACAGAACCACGUGGUACAUUUCUUUCCUCGUAAAACAAAAUAUUUCUUAUUAAAAAUUUAAAACGAAUGAAAUAACUGGGCAUAGAAGAGAAUAGAACACACACUCACACAACAAUAGCCACCAGAGUAACCAAACAAAAAAAUAAAAAUUUUAUUCACAAACACACACUCAUCUCGCACGGAAAAACACUGACACUGAUACAAGAACACAUCAUGGAACGCGCCACCCGGCGGAGAACAUACUAACUAACACAAACGUAAAACGAAAUGUAAAGUGCCAGACCAGGCACCAGGCUGAAGUUGGAAAAUAACGAAAGAAAAUACAAAUAAAAACAAGCUGUAAACUCUUGAAUCUCACUAAUCUAA